GACAGUCGCAGAUGACAGUGCCAUGAAAUCAAUCGCAGCAGUUUUUUUAAGCAUUUUGAUUGUCCGAGCAGCCGGUGAUCAAUCUUCUAGUUGGUUUCCGCUUCAGUCCAAUUUGCUUCCGAAUAGCUCUACCUGCGGAGGCGAUGCCGCGCAGCCCAAAAUUCUUUCUGGCGUAGAAACAGUCCCUAGUGAAUUACCCUGGAUGGUUAUGCUGGAGUACUGCUCCCCAGGUGGAGAUAGUCUGAAUAUCAACUGCUCGGGAUCGUUGAUCAACCAUCAAUAUGUUCUCACAGCGGCUCACUGUCUCACAGGCCAGAAGCUUGGUCAGAACGGAUCACUUGUUUCUGUGAGGCUGGGAGAUCAUGACACUCGUACCAGAAUAGAUUGUACGAGGAGAGUAUGCGCUCCGGAUGCUGUGCAAAUGGGAAUCGAUGAGAUAAAGAUACAUGAGGAGUACGUUGACGGAACCCCGAACUUCUUGAACGACAUUGGCCUGAUUCGCCUGGCGAGAAAGGUGCCCUAUACGGCUUUCAUUCGUCCCGUUUGUCUGCCCUCGGCGGUGGGCUUAAAAGGCUGGCAAUCCGGACAGCAGUUUACGGCGGCAGGAUGGGUUCGGACUUGUGAUGGUGCAAGAAGUCCCACCAAGCUAAAAGUGGGAGCGAACUACGUGGAAAUCGCUGAGUGCCGUCGCAGAUACGCAUCUGUCAAAAUAGACGUGGGCAAUUCCCAUUUAUGCGCCGGCGGAAGGCAGAGAGUGGGCAGUUGCGAUGGAGAUACCGGCGGACCACUGAUGGCAUACCGUCAAGGAGUUUGGGUCCUGGCGGGCAUUGUGUCCUUUGGCCACGGUUGCGAUAUGAUCAACUGGCCAGCAGUCUACACAGACGUGUUUUACCACCAGUCCUGGAUCACGAGCCACAUGAGGCCUUAGUCUAUAGCAAUGCUUGACUGCACAUUAGAUUAGAAACCAACCAUAAAGUUAUCAAUAAAAGCUCUGAAUGU